AUGAUUGACGAGCUGAUGUCUGUGUCCCGCAGGCACUGGUCAGCGCUGUGCUUCACUCUGGUUGCAGCUGCGUGGCUGGGGGCUGAAGCAUUGUCCCUGCAAGAGUCAACCCUCGCCUCCACCCUGGAGUGCCAUAGACGUGUCUAUGCCUACAAGGUGACCAAGACGGACAGCGCGGGACGGAUCUGCUGGGACGUCAUCAAUGUCAUGUCUUGCUGGGGGCGAUGCGACUCAAAUGAGAUAUCGGACUGGAGGUUCCCGUACAAGCGUUCUUUCCACCCGGUGUGCCUACAUGACAGCCGGGCUGUCAGUUCGGUGACGCUGCAAAACUGCGAGGAGGGAGUCGAACCCGGAACUGAACGUUACGAAUACCUUGAAGCAUUGUCAUGUCGCUGCAUGAUCUGCAAAUCUUCAGAAGCCAGCUGUGAAGGUCUACGCUACAGGGGACAAAGAAGUGGGCCAUUCCUUGGAGGAGGUCGAUAAAACGAUAGUUACACCGUUAGAUGAAAUUACGUGUUAGAGACGUUAGCGACGGUGAAAAGCGAAUAGGGAAAGAAUUUUGUUGAGAGAAAAUAAGCUUUUAUUUGUUUCCAUAAAAUUGUAAAUUGUUUUAUUAAUAUAUUAUUAAACAUCUGUAAAUUAUUC